CAAAAUAUUGGGGUAUUAAGAAUAUUUCAAAUAGAAAAUCACCGUUGGUUUUAUUCUUCCAACAAAAAAGAAAGAAGCAGCUUGCAGGAAAAAUCAGCCACGCUUACAUUUCUUUCUUGGUCUAGCUUUCUUUAAUUUCUCUCAAGUCGAUCCCCAAAAUCGAAGCUCAUACUUGAAUAACAACGCACAACGCAUAUCCGCUCUGCUGAAGCGAGAGAAAGAAGCAUGGGCCAAGCCUUCCGCAAACUCUUCGAUGCCUUCUUCGGCAACAGUGAGAUGCGAGUUGUGAUGCUGGGUUUAGAUGCUGCUGGUAAAACAACUAUACUGUACAAGUUGCACAUUGGAGAGGUGUUAUCUACUGUUCCCACAAUUGGUUUUAAUGUGGAGAAAGUUCAGUAUAAGAAUGUCAUGUUCACAGUUUGGGAUGUUGGUGGGCAAGAGAAAUUAAGGCCACUGUGGAGGCAUUAUUUUAAUAAUACAGAUGGACUGAUCUAUGUUGUUGAUUCGUUGGACCGAGAGAGAAUCGGAAAAGCAAAGCAAGAAUUUCAGGCUAUCAUCAAAGAUCCAUUUAUGCUCCAUAGUGUCAUUUUGGUGUUUGCAAACAAGCAGGAUCUGAAAGGAGCGAUGACCCCAAUGGAAGUUUGCGAAGGGUUAGGUCUCUAUGAUCUCAAGAACCGGAAAUGGCACAUUCAAGGGACUUGUGCACUUAGGGGAGAUGGACUCUACGAAGGCUUGGAUUGGUUGGCUUCAACCCUAAAGGAGAUGAGAGCUGCUGGAUACUCAUCUGCAGGCACCUCAACAUUCUAGUCUUCCAGGUGUGGAUGAUGCUCUGCGGUUUAUUCGAUGAUGAAGGUCAAGAGUCAUGCUUAAUCACCCUGUGGGAAGUCCUGACUAGUCAAUCUUUUUGGGUUGUAUGAGUGGUAGCUAAUGAAGUCUAAUGUGGUUGCUUACCUUUGACCAUAGUUGGCAAUUGAAUGUGUGACUUCCUCGUAUGUAUAUUCAGAUGAAACCUGCUAUUGAAAUUAACUUGACUCUAGGGAUUUAUAUAUGCUUGAGAUGCCCCUUUCUGAGGUAAA